AUGAGCGGUCAUGUCUUUUUUUUCUUCCAUUUGCCAUUUCUCCCUUUCUCCCUUUCUCCCUUUCUCCAUUUCUCCAUUUCUCCCAAUUCUUCCUCCCUCUCUUCCCACCGCCCCACCACCACUUCCCUCCACCUCCCCGGAAGCCUGAAAAUACCCUCCCCGGGCCCGCGGGCUUCCACUCCACCCCACCUCUUUGGCGGCGCGGCGGCCUUGACAGAACUGACAGACUGA